UUCCUCAUCAUUCCAGGUUACCGCACAAUGGCGAGCAAACUCUGGUGUCAAGAGAUUGGCCGCAGGUGGAGACAGGCGGCCAAACAGGAGCCACCGCAGGCGCGUGUGCUGUCCGAACCAAAAUGCCAAUCGUACGUGGCCAUCUGUUAUUUGUACUACCGUUGGAUCAUCUUCCUCAUCUGGGCUGCUUUUGUCAUAUGUUCGGUAUUUGAAUUUGGCAGUUACAAACCACUAAUGCAGUAUGAAAAAUGGCCAAUCUAUCUGACCAACUGGGACAUGGCUCUGGGCUUUAUACAAGCUCUGAUUGGCGGUAUCCUUGUGUUGAAGCGAUGGCGAUUGCAGAAGAUAUCCGGCUUUGAUCCUUGCAGUCUCAAACUGGAGUCCACUGAGCGACUGUACUGGUUUCUGUACGUUGUCACGACCAAUAUGGCAAUUGGCGUGACGGGGUGCUACUGGCUCGUUGUAUAUAAUCCAGUGAUCCAUCAGGUGGAUCCGCUCAAUAUCAUGGUGCAUGUAUGUAACAGCGUGCUGAUGCUGAUUGAUCUAUUUGUCACCAACAUACCGUUCCGUCUGCGAAACUUCUGGUGGUGCCUGGCGAUCGUUAUGUUGUAUGUAAUCUUCUCAGUGAUUUACUAUCUUGCUGGUGGCCUUGACAAAUAUGGUUAUCACUACAUCUACAAAAUCUUUGAUUGGAAGAAGCCGGUGCGGACGUCACUCGUUUGUAUUAGCGGUUUCAUGUUCGUGACGGUGUUGCAUUGCAUCACUUGUUUGUUGGCGAACAUCAGAGAUCGGAUUUAUUUCUCGAGAAAUUCAACAAACCUGUGCAGAUAA